AUGCCCCUAACUGUCCUCACCGACAACGAUGUAAGGGAAUUGCUGUAUACAUUGACCAAGGAGGAUAUCGACGAACUCCAAUCUAAUCUCGCAGAAGCCCUGCACUCAUACUCCACGGGUGAUACCAAUUCACCUUGUUGCGCAUCUUUCCAACCACAGCGGACAAUCAUCAAGAAGAAUGGGGUCACCACGCUAUUCAUGCCCGCAUCCACGGGCAAUUCGGUGGGAAUGAAGAUCGUGUCGCUUCAGCAACCCGAGGUACCCCUUCACAGCAAGUCAUCAGUCUCGUCAGCAAACUCUGGAAGCCAUAGUGGUACCCCUUCGGGCAGUAUGUCGUCGUCUGCCUCGGUCAAGUCUACUACCAACGAUUUUGCGUCCAUGACCUUGACUCCAUCAUCCACCAUGUCAUCUAGCAGGGACUCAGUUGACGGCUCUUCGUUCCAACCACCUGCCUCAAUCGCUAGCUCUCGAAGCACCACACCAAAAGGAUCUAUCACCCUGCUCGACUCCAAUGGAAACCCCAUGGGUAUCGUUAAUGCCGAAGAACUCACAGCUUUCAGAACAGCAUUGUCUUCCACCCUGAUGCUUAAGAAGCGAGAGAAUGUCCACACUGUGACUGUCUUUGGUGCAGGAAAGCAGGCAUACUGGCACAUCAGACUGGCACUGAUACUAAAGGGGGACCAAAUCCGGCAUGUCAACAUCAUCAACCGCAGCUUCGAAAGGUCCAUCAAAUUGAUGAAAGCAUUUCAAAUGACACAGGACUUCAACGACCAGUGGCGCAAAGACAUCAAGUUCUCGGCCAUGAGUCCAGAGUUUGGUGAAUAUGGCCGACUACUGAAGGAGGAGGUUCGCAAAGCAGAUGUCAUUUUCUGCUGCACGCCAUCUGUUGAGCCUCUAUUUCCGGCCGAGUUCCUGACGUCGCGCGAGGGACGAAGGAAAGGUAGGUAUAUCGUGGCCAUUGGCUCGUAUGCCCCACACAUGUGCGAGCUCCAUCCCGACAUCUUCAAAGUGGCUGUGGAACCAGAGCAUGGGGGCCAUCACCAUCACCGGCAUGCUAGACAAGGGGGAGUAGUGAUCGUGGAUAGCCUCGAAUCAUGCUUGAAAGAGUCCGGCGAGAUUGUCAAAGCAAAGUUGACACCUGAGCAUUUGGUUGAGAUCGGCGAGCUCAUGAUGAUCAAGAAGGCUGCGACAAGAGAGAUUGAACUCGGCGGGCCAGGCGAACAAGGCCUCCUUGACUGGCUGACCAAGGGCAAUGUCAUCUACAAGAGCGUGGGUAUGGGACUGUUGGAUCUUGUGGUUGCUGGGGAUCUCAUACGAAUGGGCAAGGAGAAAGAUGUUGGCGUGACAAUUGAGGAUUUCUAG